AUGAUGUAUCUAUCCCAAGCAUCAUUCUUGUUCUUAAAUGUAUGUAUUUUCAUUUGUGGAGAAGCUAUACAAGGUAGCUGUGUUCAUCAUUCUACAGAUUCUCUAGUAGGUAACAUGUGGCAGAUAAAGCUAACUCUCAAAGAUGAAAAUCAAAGUAACCCUGCUGUGUACAAGGAAGACUGUAAAGAGUCAUGUGAUGCUAAGACCAAAGUAACUCGAGAGAAACAUUAUAUAUGCAGAAACCUGUAAAAUUCUAUUGUUUCUUAUACAAGAAGUACCAAAAAACUACUGAGAACUAUAAUGGAUGAGCACCAAGCAUCUUUGGAUUAUCUAUCUAGCCAGGUUAAUGAGCUCAUGAAUUGAAUUCUCCUUUUGACUACAGAGGUUUUUAGAAAACAGCUGGAUCCCUUUCCUGUCAGGCCCAUUCAGUCACAUGGUUUGGAUUGCACUGAUAUUAAAGAUUCAAUUGUCUCUGUCACCAAAACCCCUAGUGGUUUAUAUAUAAUCUUUCCAGAGGGAUCUAGCUAUCCAUUUGAGGUAAUUUGCGACAUGGAUUUCAGAGGAGGAGGAUGGACAGUGAUUCAGAAAAGGAUGGAUGGGACAGUUGACUUCCAGAGGCCAUGGUGUGAUUACCUGGAUAGAUUUGGAGACCUUUUAUGUCAAAUGUUAUGUGUUGAUGCUUUGCCUUUUCUCCUUCUUUCUGGUGUGUUAUGUCUAAACUGUGCUAGCAUUAGUCAAAUCUUCAGUAAGAGUGGCAAAUCUAAGUGA